AUGACUUCGAUAACAGAGACCGACGUUUCUUGGUACAGAAUCCCAGCAGAAAUAUCGUACAACAUACUGGGGUUCCUGCUUGAUGACGAUGCCAGUUGCGCCGGAGCUGCUGCCGUGUCGCGACAGUGGCAGGCGGUCAUCGAGCCGCAUAAUUUCGCCAGAAUCAAAGUAACGCCUGCACGCCUGGCUGAUUUUGAUUCAAUGACUUACCGAAAUCGUCAUCUCGUAAGAUAUUUGUGGCUUUGCCUGGAACUUGAGGAGUACAACUUGGUCCUCUAUGAAGUCACGAACGCCGAUAAUCAUCUAAUCGCCACCUCAUUCCGGACGCUCUUCGAAAAUCUAAGUUCUUGGGAUCCGCAUGGAAACCUGACGCUCGAUAUUAGUAUACAUUCACCCUCUGAUCUGAAGUAUGAAACCGACUAUCUGACUGUCGAAUCUGAUGUCCCUGUCUGCGAAAUAAACCACGACAAGUGGGCAGGAAAAGAAAUACAGCGUCGGCGUGUCACAGAUGAGGGCCUAUUGCCACACUUUUGCGACCUCAUGAGUAGGAUUCCAGGUUACGGGCGCCUAGCAAAAAAGAAAAUCUGGGAAUUGACCACUAGGGGGGGUUUGAGGAUGAGAGAUUGGAGCAGCAGACUGCCAACCGUACCAGUGGUGACUAGUGUGCUUCUUCGUCAACAAACCCGUCGAAGAUGGCCUUCGAAGAAACUUUCAGAGCUAUUUUCACGGCUUCCAAGGAUCCAGGAGAUUCAUUAUGAACCGUGGAGAGCAUGGUGGGAGGGAGAACAGGACGGUUGCUACAAUUAUCUUGUGCACUCCCUUCCAUCCACUUUGAAGAACUUGGUGCUGUUUGAGAAUUUCAAUCAGCACCAUUUAGCUGUGCUGGGUGAUUUCCCGUUUGUUCGAGCCCCAAGUCUCGGUCUUAGCCAGACGAUAGCCAAGGCCAGUCUCAACCUCGAAUGUCUGUCGGCAUCGUAUUUGGUAGAUGCUAGUUUCUUUUUUGAUACCUGCAAGUCUUCCGUCUCGUGGCCUAAUCUGAGGUCGAUUGCGCUUACCUCUCAGUUGCUGAGGCCUAAUACAAACAAAAAGACGAUCAACGCGCUUCUUCAAAAAGUGGCAACUGCAGUUUCAGGGAUGCCGAAACUCGAGACCUUGGAGAUCUGGAACGGAGAAAAGGGUGUAGCGGCUCUCUUGAGAUAUCAACCCACGCGUGCUACUCUCACAUGGAGAGCUACAUGGGAGCUUGACAUAUCGAGGUCUGUAAUCCAGGCCUUUGAAAAUAUCGGACCGACUCACUGCGUGGGAAGGUGUGAUAUUGUCAAGGAACUGCUGGAUGUUGGUCUCGUUGAUUCUCAUGGCGAUGCGAUCAAUGUCCUAAAGCACGUCUGCCCGAUACUUCGGCCUAUUUCACUACAGCAGAUCCUAACCGAGGAGAAAUUUCUCCAAGCUUGA